AUGGUACAUCAUCAACAGCAAAAUAAAAAUAAACAACAACAAUCGGGAAGUAAAAUGAAUGGUGAUAGUAUGAUGAGUCGUUCGUCAUCUACCGAUAGUAAUGGUUUCCCGGUGAAAGAUGCUGACACUAUCAAACUUUUUGUUGGACAAAUUCCACGCAAUUUGGAAGAGAAAGAUUUGAGACAUUUGUUUGAAACUUUCGGCAAAAUUUAUGAAUUUACAAUUCUAAAAGAUAAAUACACGGGUUUACACAAAGGUUGUGCAUUCCUAACGUACUGCCAUCGUGACAGUGCCGUCAGAUGUCAAGCUGCCUUACACGAUCAGAAGACACUUCCAGGAAUGAACCGAGCAAUGCAGGUAAAACCGGCAGAUAAUGAAAGUCGUCCUGAAUCACCAAAAAAUGCUGAAGAGAGAAAGCUUUUUGUUGGAAUGUUAUCCAAACAACACAAUGAAGACGAUGUCCGUUCUUUAUUUGCUCCUUUUGGUGUCAUUGAUGAGGUGACCGUACUUCGAGGUGCUGAUGGUCUAUCAAAAGGAUGUGCAUUUGUUAAAUUUGCGACACAUUCACAAGCUGCUAUGGCAAUUAACGCUCUCCAUGGUAGUCAAACGAUGCCAGGUGCUUCCUCAUCAUUGGUCGUCAAAUUCGCUGAUACAGAAAAAGAGCGACAAUUACGCCGAAUGCAGCAAAUGGCUGCUCAAAUGGGUCUAUUAAAUCCGGUACUUGUUAAUCAAGCGGGCGUUUAUAAUACCGCAUAUCAACAGCUACUACAACAGCAAGCUACACUUGUAGCAGCGCAAACAGCUGCAGCUGCUUAUUUUCCGGUUGCUAUGGCACCACAAACAGCGCUAACAGCAGCAGGAUUAGCCGGAACAACAAAUCCGGCAACAUUCCUGACACAACAUCCGUUACAGCCACUCUCAGCACUUCCACUACAGCAAGCUAAUUCUGUUCAAGCAAUUUCCGCAUUAUCACAACCUUAUGCACCCGUUGAUUAUGCUGCAGCUGCAGCUGCAAGUGUUACACAAUAUGCACCUUCAAGCACUGCAGCAGCAGUAGCUGUUGAUUCGACAGCGUACACGCUACCAGCUAGCGGAACAUUACCUGCCGGAACAAUAUCUACGGUAACGCUGCCUUCCGCUUACAAUCCUUUGGUCAGUCUUGAACAGCAAGCAAAUCCAUACAAUCAAGCUUUGCAACAAGCAAUUGCCCUUCAGCAAGCAGCUAUUCUUUUUCCAGGAGCGCAAAAAGAAGUUUUGGGUCCAGAAGGAUGCAAUUUAUUCAUCUAUCAUUUACCGCAAGAAUUCGGUGAUGCUGAACUAAUGCAAAUGUUUAUGCCUUUUGGGCAUGUGAUAAGCGCUAAAGUUUUCAUUGAUAGGGCAACCAAUCAGAGUAAAUGCUUCGGUUUCGUCUCCUACGACAAUACCGCCUCAGCAAUGGCAGCAAUUCAGGCAAUGAAUGGCUUCCAAAUUGGCAUGAAACGACUCAAAGUGCAAUUGAAACGACCUAGAGAUAAACCGUACUGA